GAGCACCCUAAUCCCAAAUCGAGCGGCUGAAGCGCUGGGCUCCAGCUACUGCUGCUCGCCUGCUUCGGGACGGCCGAUUGGGUGCCGGUUUGCCAAGGACAUGGAGGAUGCGAGCGGCAGCUCGUCGUCUCCAGCCGUCCUACGGAACAAGUAUUGGGUCCUCCGCCACGGCCGCAGCGUCCCCAACGAGCGCGGUCUCAUCGUCUCAUCUCUGGAGAACGGCACGAAGCCGGAGUUCGGGCUGGCCCCGCAGGGGGUCGAGCAGGCGCGCGCGGCCGGCGAAAAGUUCCGGAAGGAGCUUGACGAGAUUGGUGUGCCGGUGGGUUCCGUCAAGAUUCGUUACUCGCCGUUCUCACGGACCACCGAGACGGCUAGAGUGGUCGCCGGUGUGCUCGGCAUCCCCUUUGAAGCUCCUAGUUGCGAAGCGGUGCUGGGACUUCGUGAGCGCUACUUUGGGCCAUCAUAUGAGUUACUUUCACAUGAUAAGUAUGCAGACAUAUGGUCAGUAGAUGAAGCACAUCCCUGUAUGGCUCCUGAAGGUGGCGAGAGCGUCGCAGAUGUUGCUAGUAGAUUUUCAGCUGUGCUGUUAUCUGCAGAGACACAGUUUCAUGGCUCUGCAAUUCUUAUUGUCAGCCAUGGGGACCCACUACAAAUCUUUCAAGCUGUCCUCAGUGGAGCCAAGGAGAACAUGUCUUUCCUUGACGAUCUCACCAACCUGAAGGUGAAAGAUACUGACGAUCUCACCAACCUGGAAGUGAAAGACACGAUGGUGGCAUCCAUUCUGUCACAGCAUCGUAAGUUUGCGCUCAUCACAGGAGAGCUGCGCCGAGUUGUGUAACUUGCUGCUGCUUGGGUUUAACGUCGCCUGUCAAUUGACCAUAUGUAAACCUGCAAUGUUUGCCUAGCACAUUCCUCCGUAACUUGACAGGGAUAUGAAAUUCGUCUCCUAUGGAAUGCUAUAACCUCAGAAGUCUUAAAUUAUUUUGAAGAAGCGGCCUAAAUAUUUGGUUGCUUGUUGAAUUGUACGAUUGAAACCCAGCUGCCUUUUAUUUUGUCCUU